CGCGCCGCCGCCGCCAUGAGCGGCCCCCUGCGGCCGAGCCCGAGCAGCUGGCGCCGGGCGGCUUCCGUCGUGCUGGCGGCGGGCUGGACGCACCCGGGGCCCACCGCCUGGUCGCCCGCCGAGGGCUUCCGGCUGCUGCUGCUGCAGCGCUCCCCGAGGCAAGGCUUCAUGCCCGGGGCGCACGUCUUCCCGGGCGGCGUGCUGGACGCGGCGGACCGCUCGGCCGACUGGCUGCGCCUCUUCGAGCCGCACCACGCGCCGCCGCGCUUCGGCCUGGGCCCGGCGCCGCCGCCGCCCUCCGCCUUCCCGGGGCUGCCCGCCGCCGGCGCCGCGGACGGGGACGCGGGCGGCGCGGCGCUGCCCGAUGACGUGGCCUUCCGCAUCUGCGCCAUCCGCGAGGCCUUCGAGGAGGCCGGCGUGCUGCUGCUGCGGCCCAGGGGCUCGCGGCCGUCGGCGCCCGAGCCGGGCCGCGCCCUCGCGCCGCCGCCGGGCCUGGCCGCCUGGCGCGCCCGCGUCCGCCGCGACCCGCGCCACUUCCUGCGCCUGUGCGCGCACCUGGACUGCACGCCCGACGUGUGGGCGCUGCAUGACUGGAGCGCCUGGCUCACGCCGUUCGUGGUCGGCGGCAGCCGCCGCUUCGACACGGCCUUCUUCCUGUGCUGCCUGCGCGAGCCGCCGCCCGUCCUCCCCGACCAGGCCGAGGUGGUGGGCUACCAGUGGUCAUCUCCGUCAGAGGCAACUGAAAGUUUCAUAUCAGAAGAGAUUUGGUUGGCACCCCCACAGUUCUACGAAAUAAGAAGACUCCAGAACUUUGCCUCUCUCUCUGACUUGCACAAAUUUUGUUUGGAUCGUGCAAUAGAAGGGCCGGAAAGGUGGCUGCCGAUCACGUGCUUAACUGCUGAUGGGAGGCUCCAGCUUCUACCCGGAGACGAACUGUACUUAGAAGAUUCAUACUUUUUAGAAAAUCCUUUGUCCACUGAAAAAAAGACUGAAGAAGUUAUGAAGGAAGGCAAGAAAUUUCACCGAAUAGUAAUACACAGCCCUCAUGUUUACAGUAUCCACGUGACUGUUCAGUCAAAGUGUAAACACGUCUAUCCUAAGAACUAUGUAGUAAGUAAGAGCCGUUUGUAGAGUACUGCUUUGUGUAAACUGACUACCUGAUGUUGCCCUGAUGGCUACUGAGGCUUCACUGGACUUGCUUGGAACUUUGGGCCUGUAAAAGUUAUAGUGUAGCCUUUCAUAUUUCAGGUGUGUUAUGGAGCACUCUUGCUUAUUUAUUCUUUAAACCCUACAGGAAUUAAUGGUCUUGUUACCAAAACAAGAAAAAAAUUCACCAGGUUUUCCACUCCUGUAUUGUUUCAUUAUCAAAAGUGUAAACAAGAUGUUCUCUCGCCAUUAUCUUUAACUGUCCGGUGGAUUAGCACUUCCCGGAUGUGCCUAGGAGAAUGAUCCGUGAAUUCUUUAAAUUUUAUGCUGAAAUUAAUUUCAGGGUGUCUGAUUACAUAGGGAACAGUAGACUGAGAUGACCUUCAAGUGACAAUGUCAUUAUUUUCUUACGUCUUUAGCCUGAUGGUUAAGAUACAAUUCUGUUCAAAACCAAAUGGCAUUAGUUAUUAGGUUUACCAAAUUGGAAACCGAUUUCAGUUACUAUUUUAAAGAAAUAUGAAGGCAUAGAAAACCAUGAUUCUUUUUACUCUGCCAGUAAGUGAAUACAGAGAGGUUAGAGAGAUGCAGAACUAUGCAUCAUUUACUGGCAUUUAUUAAUGAUGUUUAUUUUCAGUAUUUUUAGUAGGGGUAAUUUUUUCACUUCCUCUUAUGGGGAAAAAUCUUUAUUGAUUAAAGAUGAGAAAUGGUUAAGAUGCUAAUUCUGUUUCAGAUCUUUGACUAUUAUGCUGUGUAUAAUGGAUGUCGUUUUCCAUGAAAUAUCUUAGUUUUCCUACCUAUAAAAUAGAAGUAUUGAUAAAUAAAGUUUAUGUGUAUUAUUUAAUCCUGA